AUGAGUUAUCGCAUGGUUUCUUGGGACUCUGUGGACCAACAGGACUCGUCGCCUCUCUUCAGCCGUAUUCCUGCCGAAAUUCGUACUCUGAUCUUCAAAUUCACACUCGCUGAGUUUACUUUACCGGCACUGGACCGCCCCAUCAGACACGACUUCUUUGCCCGUGAUGACCAUGAGAAGCUCGACGAUGAGCCAGAUAUGGAAGGUGGUCUAGUUGGCCACGCAGGUGACCGGGAAUCACACGAAAGUGGCGUCCAAACGCUCAAUAACGAGGAUGGUCCAGCGCCAGCGGUCCAGGGACUUCCAGCUUCCGCCCUUGUCCGUCUCCAAGAGUUACUCUCCAGCUGGGACUGGUUCCGGCCUGGCUACACAGGGCAGCGGAAAAUUCAUACAGACUUGCUCAGGACUUGUCGACGCGUCUACCUGGAGACCUACUAUCUUCCAUCGCAAGGGAGCAAGAUUUUCUACAACGCAAGAGGGCCAAGAUGGUGCCCACAGUCCCCAAGUCAAUAUGUCUCUGUACUUGCCCCGGGAGCCGCUCGACACAUUCAAAACCUGCAAAUAUUCCCGCAGAUGUGGUGGCUCGAGCGAGACCUCGUGGAUAUAGUGACUGGCAUAUUCAGUGCCAACUCACGUCGUCACGGACCCCAUUUGGUGCCGGUAAGCAACCCACGACUGCAGCCGACAAUUCACCCACCUUUCCGUGGUCCUCUACCUGUUGCUCCGCACAUACGGCCUCUUCAACUUCCUCCUGUCAGCGCCUAUCCUCCAGGCUUUGUAGGGUCGUCGCUUUGGACGGAGUUCCCACCAAUACGGGAUCCUCCAGAAGCCGAACGAAUCCGCCCCUGGCGCCUAACAGAGCACAUCACCAGUCUCCGCAUAUAUCUGCGCCGCACAGAUUGGUGGAACUGGGAGGGAAACGCGCCACUGGUCAUCAGCCCCUUCAACUCAAGUCCGGAUCGGCCCACGCAUCAACAGAUGCAGCAAAGCAUGCGUGCUUUACAGAAUGCCGACCGAAUGCUGGCGCCGCACCUGCGGUCCUCGUCGCCGAGCACAAUCCCACAUUGGAGCUGCUGGGGUCUCCUCUUCCUGCGGAUGCCCAAGCUCAAGACCCUGACUAUCGAAUUCGAGACGUCGGAGGACAAGAAGAGCGAGAUGGAUACCAUCGUGAGCUGGGCCCACCAGCACUGGCGAUUUCCCGUGCUACGGCGGUUAUCUGGUGACGAUCGCGACCCGUACACAUUUGAUCACCUCCAAAGAUGUCACAAUCAGCGCCCGGUCGACCUCUCGCCAUGGUCACAGGACCUGGACGUCUUGUCUGCGGCGGACGAGCCGGUGCAGAAAACCAGCUGGCGCGGCCUGCCCCAUCACUUUGCCGGGCAGUGCCCUACCUGCAGCACCCGAUGGAACAAUCAAAGUGGGACGGCUGACUGUGCGGAGUGCACAAAAAUGCAUAAGCUGAAGGGUCUCAAGAAGGGCCCGCAGCUGCUCGUGUGGACAGUGAAUUGGAAGCGGAAGGUGCCUCCUAGGGACCCAGAGCCGGAAACGAAUGCCGCCGGUGAAAGUAGCCGGGAGCCAGGCGGACAGGCUCCGCCGUGGAGGGCGCCUGAUGGACGACAGGACGGCGCGGGGCCCAGCAGUCCGGCGGGCACGGAGAGCCAUGUGUUGGAAAUGCUCCCCGAGGACGCGCAGUACCGUACCCGUCGCCGAAGGGAGCUGGACGAGCUAAUGAGUAGGGAGGUGACAUUCUAG